UCCUGCUUCUCACACAGACUGAAUAUGGGGACAAGUCUGCACUCUCCAGCACAGACAUUGCUUUCUUCUACAGAUUUUCAUUUUUGAUGCUCUUUUUUUUCCUGGCUUCAACCACAGUGCAGGAAUCCUUCCUUUUGAAGCACUAAUAUACUUAGGAUUGAGUACCUAUUAUUUAUGAACCCACCAACUUCUCGAUAAAAUACAGUACCAUACCUAAUGCCACCUGGGGCAUCAUUGUAGUAGAUAUAUAUAUACCGUAUAUAUCUUAUUUUUUAUUUUUUUUUAGUUUGUUUCUCUAACACAGAGGAUAGUUGUGUUCUGGAUGUGAAUAUUAAGGAACUUUUCACCUUUCAGCUUAGAAGUGGAUUCCUUCUGUCUUGAAUAACUAUGUUUGAUAUCUUGCAUCAUAUGAUGUCAAGGUCAAGAAGGAGGACUGUGCUCCUACUGGGCUACUUUCUUGUGCUUUUGGGAUGCUCUGCUGGUCAACAAUCUUUCAAUGCAGAGUCCAGACUUGGAACACAGGAUGCAAAUGAUGGGUCUACAGUGGUUAGUAGGACCCGCAGGAGGGGAUCACAGUAUGCUCUGCACGGGCCAAAUGUAUGUGGAUCAAGAUUUCAUUCUUACUGUUGCCCUGGGUGGAAAACGCUUCCUGGAGGAAAUCAGUGUAUUGUCCCAAUUUGUAGAAAUAGCUGUGGGGAUGGAUUCUGCUCCCGUCCAAAUAUGUGCACAUGCUCCAAUGGUCAAGUUUCCCCAGCCUGUGUAACUAAAACAGUCUCGCAAUGUAGCAUUCGAUGCAUGAAUGGAGGGACGUGUGUUGAUGAUCAGUGUCGAUGUCAGAAGGGCUAUGUUGGAGCUCAUUGUGGACAACCCGUCUGUGAAAAUGGUUGUCAGAAUGGAGGCCGUUGCAUUGGACCCAAUCGAUGUGCAUGUGUAUAUGGAUUUACUGGUCCUCAGUGUGAAAGAGACUAUAGAACAGGGCCCUGCUUCACUCAAGUCAGCAAUCAGAUGUGUCAGGGUCAGGUGACUGGUAUCGUGUGCACAAAAACACUCUGCUGUGCAACCAUCGGACGUGCCUGGGGACACCCAUGUGAGAUGUGCCCUGCUCAACCACAACCCUGCCGUCGUGGCUACAUUCCCAAUAUACGUAGUGGAGCCUGCCAAGAUAUUGAUGAAUGCCAAGCAAUUCCUGGACUCUGUCAUGGAGGAAACUGUAUUAAUACAGAUGGAUCUUAUGAAUGCAAGUGUCCUAUUGGUCAUAAGCAGAGCGAAACAACACAAAAAUGUGAAGAUAUUGAUGAAUGCAGCACUAUUCCUGGAAUUUGUAAUGGAGGAGAAUGUUCCAACACAAUUGGUAGCUAUUAUUGUAUUUGUCCACGUGGAUAUCUUACAUCUGUUGAUGGCUUGCAAUGUAUCGAUCAGAGAUCUGGUACAUGCUUCUCCAGCCUUGUGAAUGGACAUUGUGCUCAGGAGUUAACAGGCAGAUUUACAAAAAUGCAGUGUUGUUGUGAAUCUGGUCGUUGCUUUGCAUUGGGAUCCAUACCAGAGUUGUGUCCAGUCAGAGGCUCUGAUGACUACCGAAGGAUCUGCAUUGAUGGCGCUCCAUUUGGGGGACCAAGACCUGGAGGUCCAGGGGGAUUUGGCCCCAAUGGGUUUGGCCCUGGAAAUGGAUAUAUUCCUGUGCCUGGUGGAAAUGGAUUUCCUCCCAUUAUAGGAGGAACAGGAGUAGAUGGAGCAGGCACUGGCAGCAGUGGAGGUGUUGCAACAUUAAAUCAAACAAUAGACAUAUGCAAACAGUACCCAAAUCUUUGCCUUAAUGGACGAUGUAUUCCCAACCUUAAUAGCUAUCGUUGUGAAUGUAACAUGGGAUACAAGCAAGAUACACAAACAGAAUGCAAUGAUGUUGAUGAGUGCACAUCAAAUCCAUGUACUAAUGGUGACUGUGUUAAUACACCUGGAUCGUAUUACUGUAAGUGCCACUCUGGCUUCCAAAGAACUCCCACCAAACAAGCUUGUAUUGAUAUUGAUGAAUGCAUCCAGAAUGGCAUUCUCUGCAAGCAUGGUCGGUGUGUAAAUACUGAAGGUAGCUUCCAAUGUAUUUGCAAUGCCGGCUUUGAGCUAACUGCUGAUGGAAAGAACUGUGCAGAUCAUGAUGAAUGUGCCACAUCAAAUAUGUGUUUAAACGGAAUGUGUAUAAAUGAGGAUGGAAGCUUCAAGUGCAUCUGUAAACCAGGAUUUGUUCUGGCAGCCAGUGGUCGCUAUUGUACAGAUGUUGACGAAUGUCAAACACCAGGCAUAUGUAUGAAUGGACAUUGUAUAAACACAGAAGGGUCUUUUCGCUGUGAAUGCCCUCCUGGCUUGGUUGCUGGGGUAGAUGGGCGUGUUUGUGUUGAUACACACAUGCAUAGUACUUGCUAUGGAGCCAUCAAAGCAGGGGUUUGUGUCAAUCAGUUUCCCAGAACUGUGACCAAAUCUGAGUGCUGCUGUGCCAACCCAGACUACGGCUUUGGAGAACCAUGCAAACCAUGUCCACCGCGCAACUCAGCUGAAUUUCAUGGACUUUGCAGUGGAGGAAUUGGAAUUACUCUUGAUGGAAGAGACAUCAAUGAAUGUGCUCUUGAUCCUGACAUCUGUUCCAAUGGGGUUUGUGAAAACCUGCGAGGAAGCUUCCGUUGUAAUUGUAAUAGCGGCUAUGAAUCGGAUUCUUCAGGAAGGAAUUGUAUUGACAUAGAUGAAUGCUUGGUGAAUAGACUGCUGUGUGACAAUGGUCUCUGCCGAAAUACUCCUGGAAGUUAUACCUGCUCAUGUCCUAAGGGAUACUUGUUCAGAUCUGAUACCGAUACCUGUGAAGACAUAAAUGAAUGUGAAAGCAGUCCAUGUGUUAAUGGGGCAUGUCGAAAUAUUCUUGGCUCAUUUCAGUGUGAGUGUUCUCCUGGAAGUAAGCUGGAUUCCACUGGUCUCAUAUGUAUUGACAGCCUGAAAGGAACUUGCUGGCUUAAUGUUCAAGAUAAUCGCUGCGAGGUCAACAUAAAUGGAGCAACUCUUAAGUCAGAAUGCUGUUCUACUCUGGGAGCUGCAUGGGGAAGUCCUUGUGAAAAAUGUGAAAUUGAUCCAGCCUGUCCACGUGGAUUUGCAAGAGUGAUGGGAGUUACAUGUGAAGAUGUCAAUGAGUGUGAAGUCUUUCCUGGUGUGUGUCCUAAUGGUAUUUGUGUCAAUUCUAUGGGAUCUUUUUCCUGUAAAUGCCAUGAUGGUUUAACUCUGGAUGGAACCGGCAGAAUUUGUCUAGAUCUUCGUAUGGAGCAGUGUUUCCUAAAGUGGGAUGAAGAUGAAUGUGUUCAGCAAGUUCCUGGCAGGUUCCGUCUAGAUGCCUGUUGUUGUACUGUAGGACAAGCCUGGGGCACUGAAUGUGAAGAGUGUCCAAAGCCUGGUACUGCUGAAUAUGAUAUCCUCUGCCCAAGAGGUCCUGGCUUUACCAACAGGGGAGAUGUGUUAUCAGGGAGACCUUUCUAUAAAGAUAUAAAUGAGUGUAAGGCUUUCCCUGGGAUGUGUACAAAUGGAAAAUGCAGAAAUACAAUUGGAAGUUUCAAGUGUAAAUGCAACAAUGGUUUUGCUCUGGAUAUGGAAGAAAGGAACUGCACAGACAUUGACGAAUGCCGAAUUUCCCCUGAUCUUUGUGGCAGUGGUACUUGUGUAAAUACACCUGGCAGUUUUGAAUGUGAAUGCUUUGAAGGCUUUGAAAGUGGCUUUAUGAUGAUGAAGAAUUGCAUGGACAUAGAUGAGUGUGAACGGAACCCUCUAUUGUGCAGGGGUGGAGAAUGUGUAAACACAGAGGGAAGCUUUCUAUGCAAUUGUCCACCUGGACAUGAGCUCACACCAACGGGUGAUGCCUGUGUAGACGUCAAUGAGUGCUUACUCAGUGAAAAUCUUUGUAGAAAUGGAAAAUGUGUGAAUAUAAUUGGUACAUAUCAAUGUUCCUGUAACCCGGGAUACCAAUCCACUCCGGACCGACUGGGCUGCACCGAUAUUGAUGAGUGUAAAAUAUUGAAUGGUGGAUGUGACACACAUUGUGAAAACUCAGAAGGAAGUUAUCAAUGUAGUUGCCUUGAUGGCUAUGCUUUGCUACCGGAUUCAAGAACAUGUGGAGAUAUUGAUGAAUGUGAAGACAACCCUGAGAUCUGUGAUGGAGGCCAGUGUACAAACAUUCCAGGAGAGUAUCGCUGUCUCUGCUUUGAUGGAUUUAUGGCGAGCAUUGACAUGAAAACAUGCAUAGAUGUUAAUGAAUGUGACAUCAAUUCAAACAUCUGCUUGUAUGGUGAAUGUGAGAACACCAAAGGAUCCUUUGUAUGUCACUGUCAGGUGGGGUAUUCAGUGAAAAAGGGCACAACUGGAUGUACAGAUGUGGAUGAGUGUGAGAUUGGCGCUCACAACUGUGACCUACAUGCCACAUGUCUAAAUGUACCUGGAAGCUUUAAAUGUUCUUGCAAGGAAGGCUGGGUUGGCAACGGCAUCACAUGUCAUGACCUCGAUGAAUGUGCCAAUGGAACUCACAGCUGCAGCAUUUCGGCCCAUUGUCUAAACACCCCUGGCUCAUAUCGGUGCUCCUGCAUUGAGGGAUAUACUGGUGAUGGAUUUACAUGUUCAGACAUUGAUGAGUGUGCGGAAAAUGUUAACCUGUGUGAAAAUGGACAAUGUUUGAAUAUCCCCAGCUCAUUCCGAUGUGAAUGUGAGAUGGGCUUCACUCCAGCUCCAGACAGCAAAUCCUGCCAAGAUAUUAACGAGUGUUAUUUCGAGAAUAUUUGCGUUUUUGGAACCUGUCGGAAUCUUCCAGGAAUGUUCCAAUGUGUCUGUGAUGAUGGUUAUGAAUUAGACCAUUCAAGAGGAAAUUGCACAGAUGUGGAUGAAUGUGCAGAUCCUAUUAACUGUGUUAAUGGCUUCUGUGUGAACACUCCUGGGAGAUAUGAAUGCAACUGUCCACCUGACUUUCAGCUUAACCCCACUGGUGUGGGCUGUGUAGAUACAAGAGUGGGAAAUUGUUAUCUGAAUCACGGGCCUCGUGGCGAUGGAACCAUCUCCUGUAGCACAGAGAUUGGUGUUGGUGUAAGCAGAUCAUCAUGCUGUUGCUCUCUUGGAAGGGCAUGGGGAAACCCUUGUGAGAUAUGUCCACCAGUUAACAGCUCUGAAUAUAACACAUUGUGCCCUGGCGGAGAAGGUUUCAGACCAAACCCUAUUACCAUUCUUUUAGAAGAUAUUGAUGAGUGCCAGGAGUUACCAGGUCUAUGCCAAGGCGGUAAUUGUAUAAAUACCUUUGGAAGCUUCCAGUGUGAAUGUCCACAAGGCUACUACCUUAGUGAGGAAACUCGUAUAUGUGAAGAUAUUGAUGAAUGUGUCACUAAUCCCGGAGUCUGUGGUCCAGGAAUAUGCUACAAUACUUUGGGGAACUUUACAUGCAUAUGCCCUCCAGAGUACAUGCAGGUUAAUGGUGGACACAACUGUAUGGAUAUGAGGAAGAGUUAUUGUUACAGGACUUACAAUGGAACCAUGUGUGAGAAUGAACUGCCGUUUAAUGUCACAAAAAAGAUGUGUUGCUGUACAUAUAAUAUUGGCAAAGCCUGGAAUAAGCCUUGUGAACCGUGUCCAACUCCUGGAACAGUUAACUUCAGAAACCUUUGUGGAGCAAUCCCUGGAUUCACCUUUGAUAUACACACCGGUAAAGCUGUCGACAUUGACGAAUGUAAAGAGAUCCCUGGAAUUUGUGCCAAUGGUGUUUGCAUUAACCAGAUAGGCAGCUUCCGGUGUGAAUGCCCAACAGGAUUUAGCUACAACGAUUUACUUUUAGUUUGUGAAGACAUAGAUGAAUGCUCCAGUGGUGACUAUUUCUGCCAGAGAAAUGCAGAUUGCUUAAACAGCCCUGGGAGUUACCGCUGUGAAUGUUCAGCUGGGUUUAAGCUUCUGCCCAAUGGUGCUUGCAUUGAUCGCAAUGAAUGCCUGGAAAUUCCCAAUGUUUGCAGCCAUGGCACAUGCGAGGACACACUGGGCAGUUAUCGCUGCAUUUGCAACAAUGGUUUUAAGGCCUCACCAGAUCGAACAAUGUGCAUGGAUAUUGAUGAAUGUGAGCGCCAGCCAUGUGGAAACGGAACUUGUAAAAACACAGUGGGAUCAUAUAACUGUCUCUGCUAUCCUGGAUUUGAGCUUACUCAUAAUAAUGACUGCAUGGAUAUUGAUGAAUGCAGCUCCUUCCCCGGUCAGGUGUGCAGAAAUGGACGUUGUCUUAAUAAUAUCGGCUCCUUCAUCUGUUUGUGUAAUGAAGGAUAUGAACUCACUGUGGAUGGCAAGAACUGUAUUGACAUCAAUGAGUGUGUAGCUUAUCCUGGAUCAUGUGCUCCUGGAAUUUGUCAGAAUUUGGAGGGUUCAUUCCGAUGUAUUUGUCCUGUGGGGUAUGCAGUCCAAGGUGACACCUGCAUAGAUAUUGACGAAUGUAUUGAAGAGCCCAAUAUAUGCCUUUUUGGAACCUGUGCAAACACACCAGGAAGCUUUCAGUGUGUUUGCCCACCUGAAUUUGUUUUAUCAGAUAAUGGGAGAAGAUGUUUUGAUACUCGGCAAAGCUUUUGUUUUACCAGAUUUGAAAAUGGGAAAUGUUCAGUGCCCAAGGCAUAUAACAGCACAAAAGCAAUGUGUUGCUGCAGCAAAAUGACAGGAGAGGGCUGGGGAGAUCCUUGUGAACUCUGUCCAAAAGAAGGAGAAGUGGCUUUUCAAGAAUUAUGUCCAUUUGGACAUGGUACCAUUACAGGUCCUGAAGGUGACAGAGAAGAUGUCAAUGAAUGCAAAGAAAAUCCAGGAAUUUGUGCAAACGGUCUAUGUAUUAAUACGGAUGGAUCUUUCCGGUGCGAGUGUCCCAUGGGUUAUAAUCUAGAUUAUACUGGAAUCACUUGUGUAGAUACUGAUGAAUGCUCUAUUGGCAAUCCCUGUGGCAAUGGGACAUGUACUAACGCCAUUGGUACUUUUGAGUGCACUUGUGAUGAAGGAUUUGAACCUGGACCUAUGAUGAACUGUGAAGAUAUCAAUGAAUGUGCAUUAAAUCCUCUGAUCUGUGCAUUCAGAUGUAUCAAUACUUACGGUUCAUAUGAAUGUACAUGUCCUGUUGGAUAUGUUCUGAGGGAAGAUCAGAAGAUGUGUAAAGAUCUCGAUGAAUGCUUCGAAGGGAUCCAUGACUGUGAAUCCAGGGGUAUGCUAUGUAAAAACCUCAUUGGGACAUUUAUGUGUAUUUGUCCUCCUGGAAUGACUCGAAGACCAGAUGGAGAAGGUUGUGUAGAUGAGAAUGAAUGUCGCAUAAAACCAGGCAUCUGUGAAAAUGGCCGUUGUGUCAAUUCCAUUGGAAGUUAUCGAUGUGACUGCAAUGAAGGAUUUCAGCCAUCACUUACAGGAACAGAAUGCCUUGAUACACGCCAGGGCUUCUGCUUCUCUGAAGUUCUACAAACAAUGUGUCAGAUGUCAUCCAGCAGUCGCAAUCACGUCACUAAGUCUGAAUGUUGCUGUAAUGGAGGUAGAGGCUGGGGAAACCAAUGUGAACUCUGCCCUCUGCCCCACACUGCUCAGUAUAAAAAGCUUUGCCCACAUGGUACUGGAUACACAACAGAUGGAAAAGAUAUUGACGAAUGCAAAGUGAUGCCAAACCUGUGUCGUAAUGGGCAAUGUGUCAACAACAUUGGUUCUUUUAGAUGCUUUUGUAAUUUUGGAUACACACCUGACAUCGGGGGCACUUCAUGUGUGGAUCUGGAUGAGUGCUCACAGUCCCCCAAACCAUGUAAUUUUAUCUGUAAGAACACAGAAGGCAGCUACCAGUGUUCCUGUCCUCGAGGAUAUAUUCUGCAAGAAGAUGGAAAAACUUGUAAAGAUCUUGAUGAAUGUCAAACCAAACAGCAUAACUGCCAGUUUCUUUGUGUCAACAACAUUGGAAGUUUCAGCUGUAAAUGUCCUCCGGGCUUUACCCAACAUCACACAGCGUGCAUUGAUAACAAUGAAUGUGGAUUGCAAUCUAACUUAUGUGGACCUAAAGGGAUGUGCCAAAAUACCCCUGGCAGCUUCACUUGUGAAUGCCAACGAGGAUUCUCCCUGGAUUCAACUGGCUUAAAUUGUGAUGAUGUUGAUGAGUGUGAUGGAAAUCAUAGAUGCCAGCAUGGAUGUCAGAAUAUAGCUGGUGGAUACCGCUGUGGCUGUCCGCAGGGCUUCGUUCAGCAUUACCAGUGGAACCAGUGUGUUGAUGAGAAUGAAUGUUCUACUCCAAGCACAUGCGGAUCUGCUUCAUGUUACAAUACACUGGGCAGCUACAAAUGUGCUUGUCCACCAGGAUUCUCGUUCGAUCAGUUUUCAUCUUCCUGUCAUGAUGUAAAUGAGUGUUCAUCAGGCAAUCCUUGUAACUACGGCUGUUCCAAUACGGACGGAGGCUAUCUCUGUGGAUGUCCUGCUGGAUACUACAGAGUUGGUCAAGGACACUGUGUGUCCGGAUUGGCAUUUAACAGAGGCCAGUAUUUAUCUGCUAACAGAGAGGAAAGUGAGGAAAAUGCUCUGUCCCCAGAAACGUGUUAUGAAUGUAAAAUAAAUGGCUAUCCAAAGAAAACUGGAAGGGCAAAGAGAAGUUCAAAGGACACUGAUACUGCAGUGAAAGAAGAUGUAAGUUUGAAGAGUCUAGACAUGGAAGAGCCACUGAAAAUAACAUUCAAUAUCUCAGAAUUAAACAAGAAGAAACACAUACUGGAAAUCAUGCCAGCAAUUCAGCCUCUUAAUAACCAUGUGCGCUACGUUAUCUCCAAUGGCAAUAGCACUGUCUUCCGCAUAAAUCAGAAAGAUGGUCUCAGUUACCUCCACAUAGCUCAGAGGAACAUUUUACCAGGAACUUACACACUGGACAUAACCAGCAUUCCCCUUUACAAGAAAAGUGACUUUACUAAACUGGAAGAAAAACACGAUGAAAACUACCUCUUAGGUGAACUUGGGGAGACUCUCAAAAUGAAACUACAAAUAGACAUCUCUUAACCUCAAGCACAAAUGCAAAUUCCAGCCAGUUUUAUCACGUCCACCAUUUUAUUUAUCUAUCUGAGCAUGUUCUCUUUUUGAAAGCUUUAAGGAGUCAGUGACCAAUCUUAACGGACCACUUUUUUGUAUUGCACCUGCACAAUGACUUUUUUUGGACAUAUCAUAUAGAAAUGACAGUUUUACAUUGCAAUAUUAUAAGACAUGCCAUUUAUGGUUAUAUUGAAAUAUAGCCUCAAAUUAUUACGGCGGCUCAAGUUAAAAUAUCUUUGACCCAAGGUCUUCUGCCAGUACCAAAGAACUGAAUAGAAAUAUAUAUCGUAUUAGAAUUUUUGGGUGAAAAUCUCAUUUCAGAUUUCUAAUGUUAAAUUUACCAAGUUAAAAUGUAAACCUGUUUUAUCAAAAUCAGAGUUUAUUCAACAUUUUUAAUUUUUUAUUGUUUUCAAAUAAUGUUAUAAUGAAAAAAGAGUGGACACAUUGCAUUGAUCUUGGCAAAUCAGGACAUCAUUUAUUGGGCACAAAAACUUGGAUCAUGCAGUAUAUGCUGAUAUUGUGUUCUUUUGUUUUGUUUUAUAUCCCAGUGACUAUAACAGACUCUCUGAGUGAUGCCAAAAAAAUCUGACUCAGGGAUCUGGAAAAGAAACUUAAAAACAUUCAAAUAUUGGGGAAAAAAAAGUUUUUCAUAAUACAUAGAAAAGGCCUGGGCAUUCUUUUGAAUGGUUUUUAAAAUAGGGUAUAGUCUCUGUUCACACUACUGUCAUGUCUUGUGUUUCAAACAGACCCCAAUAAAUCUUAAAAUGGAUUCCAUUUACUUAAAGCCAGUUUCUAGAAGGACUGUAGUGGCAACAGAGUCUAGACCAACCAAUGGACACAAAGAACAAUGUCAAUAGCUUAUGCACACUGAGGUUAUUAUUCUGGUAAUUGUCUGCAACUUUUUGAGGAUAUUUUGCUGUUCUCCAUAGUAGAAUGUUAAUGUAUAUUUAUUUGCUGCAGUAAUAUAUAGGAUACAUAGUGAAAAUUAAUUUAAACAAUCACAGAGCCUUUGUUGUUUGUUCAUCUACUUUGUCAUAAUUGAGCCAUUUUCUACACAGUUAUGAACUACUCUGGGUUUUUUACCCUGUGAUGCUGCAGAACAGCAAAUAGGCCUAUUGAAUGUUUGAUGGAUUUUUUUUAAGUCUAAUAGAAACUUUUUAAAUACCACACCAUCAAGCCCUGGAUAUCUUUCAUACCAGCUUUGUAACAUGUAUAGGGCUAGUUUAUAGUAAGGGUAAAGGUGGCAAUGGGCAAGGUGCCUCAACAACUUAAAGGCCUCCACUAUGCUAGAUACUCCCAGCAGCCAGAUAUUAGAGUUUCAUUAUAAUAAAUUCUAUAAUGUAGCUAUCUAAACUAAACAGCACUGGCAUUGUAUGAGCUGCACACAUACAUCAAUAACCCCACAAAGGUAUCUGAAAGUAGAGGUUUACUUAAGGGGGCGUCACUUCAGUUAAUUAAACCGGAGGUUAAUGUUGAGUCGAUGCUACAGGAUAGCACAAAGAUAGAAGGGGGCAUCUACUAAAUAUUUUGCCCAUGGGUUCCACCAUCCUUGAAAUAGCCUUGAACACAUGUAUUACACUUGUCUUAUAUGGUUUUAUUCUUCAUCUGCUGUAGUAAAAUGAAAGCUUCAUCAUAACUUUUUCUGACAUUUUAUUCACAUAUGUACUGUAUUUCUCCAGAUGUCUCAUAAUGUUCUGUACAACAUGGUGCUCUAUUAUCUAUUUACUGUAGGCAUUGUAACUGUAAGGUGGAAGUACUUAAGAACCACAACCACCAGCAGACAAGAAAAUAAGUUCUAAUAUAUUUAAACUGUAUACAAUUCCUUUUUCCACUAUAUGGUAAGACUUGUUGAUAAACUAUUUGAAUAUUAAAUAUUGUUAAAAACUUUCUCUAAUGGGUAUAUGAAUAUGGUUUUCUUCAGACAACUGGGCCCAUAACUGGUAAUGCAAUAGAAUGAAUCAGAGCUAAUUAAUUCCUAUUAAGAUGCAGUUUGUUACAAACCUGUAUAGGCCAAAGAUAUUUUAAAAACUAUAUUUUAAUAACAACCAAAUCAGUGUUUGACAAGUGCUGAUAUGUAAAGCAUUUGAUGCUUUUUGUAGUCCAUUCAGUGUGUAUCUGGUUGACAUCUGUUUUCUUACAAUAAACAUAUUUUGGGGUAUAUCCUGUGUUUUCUUUUAGAAAUAAAAGUGUUCGUUUUGCAAAUACUAUACAAAAGUGUAGCUUUAAAACAGA